CUUUGUUUGAGGCCGUGGUUUGAUCGUUGGUUUUUUUUUCGUUGCCACAGCCACUUCCAUCUCGUCCCCCCCCCACAACCACAACCACACAGACAACAACCACACAGACACACACACGCACACACCAGCCACAAGCCACCUGUUGCUUCUUCUUGGUCGCGCUCUUCAUUAUCAUUUCACAGCCACAGCAAGCAAACACCCACAACCAACAGCACACACACACACACACACACACACACACACACACACACACGCACACACACGCACACACACACCCGAGCGUCAAGAGCGAGCACUGCACCCAUCAUCAUUUCUCACUUUCCCAAACCGUUGGUUGCCUGGGCUCUCCCAACGACAACCACCACUGCGUACCACCACCAACACACGUCUCUGUGAUCCAUUGCGCCUCCCUCACCGGUCUUCUCCCAUCACCCUCACACCGCGCUCGCAUUCGCCGACGCAAACGCCAUGGCGACCCACGUUCCACCAAACGUGUCGCCUGCACACGACUCCAACGUGCAUCAUGCUGCGAAUACUGUGUCGUCGUCAUCUCACGACCGUCACAGGCAGCACAAGCACCACCACCACCACCACCACCACCACCAACAGCACCAGCACCAAGAGCACAGCACACACGAGACCCAAGAGGGCAAUUCCAUCAAGCUCAAGCUCAAGGACCCGCCCAAGGACCGGCGGGAACAGCGCCGAAAGCUAAAGGCCGCCACUGCAAGCAAGGACAAGAGCGAGCCAACACCAGCAGCAGCGGCCAAGGCUGAACAGCCGUGUCCAAGUUGCAGCGACGACCCCGCAUCACAAGACCAACAGCCACCGCAACCGCAACCACAACAGCAACAGCAAGAGCAACAGCAGGCAAACGGUCGCACAGGCCAUUUGUCACCACGCCACGCUCGACAGCGGCGACGCCGAUCACCGUCCUCUGCUGUCUCUCCACCAGCGACAGCAAAGGCCGAGCAGACGUGGGACAGGCGGUUUAUCAGUAGCCCCUUCCGCAACCCGUCGCCGCUGAAGCGACAGCCGCGCAGCAGGCCGGAGGAACGCGCCCGCUGGUCGUCGAAUGCACCCAGCACUGUCGACUCAGAACAAGCCACAGCAUCCAACAACCACAACAACAACAGCAGCAAACAGCAGCAGCCGCGCUCGCCACUUCACGAGGACGCGCACGUGAGCGACGCAGCGGAGACAUCACGCCCGACAACAGCCAACUCGCAAGCGUCGCAGGUGAUCCGGGUCAUCAGUGCGUCGAGCGCAGACACAACCGACUCUGCACCCGACACACGCACCGAGGCGCGCAGACACGAGCAGCGGCAGAAGCAGCGCAACAGCAUGAACGCACAGCUGGGCCAGGCGGCCGGCGAGGUCAUGUCAGCCCUCACCGUCAUGCCAACACGGGACCUCACGCAGGAGCAACUGGGCCUGGUGGAAGACGUGCGGCGCUUCUUCAACCGCGUCACCGUCAUGAUCUCCGCCGGCGCCUCCCUCAAGCGGCUGCAGCAGGAGCUGACGUUGACAUCCCAGCCCAUCCUCGCCGCAGCGAAAGUGCCGUACUUUGACGAGGUGGCGGCCAAGUUUGAUGCCCUCUGUGACCUCGCCGGCGUCUCCAUCUCCUCUCGCACGCGCACAAACCCGGCGUCGCCGCACAAGGCAGAUGAGGGAGAGAAGGGAAGCUCGAGCGUCCCUGCAUCGCCCAGCGAAGCUCGGGCGGCGGCGAUUGAGGCGGCAAAGGAGGACAAGGCGCACUUUCUGCUUCGACGCAUCAUGCAGCGGAAGCUCGCCAACAGGGGCGACAGCAAGGGCGCAGGCAACAAAUCAGGAACAUCACCCGUCAAGCCGUCAAACCUCCGCCAGUCGUUCUCCACGGAAACGAUCAAGCGCACGGAGCACGCGGCUGGUGGCGACGCUGCAGACAACCACGGUGACGGGGAUGGUGCCGAUGGCGAUGAUGGUGAUGGGCACCGCCACCACGGCACAGAGGCCCGCUCACCACGCCGUGACAAGCAGCAGCAGCAGAAGCAGAAACAGGAGAAGCAGGAGAAGCAGAAGACAGCACAGCGAGAAGAGGACACGGAGCACAGGCAUGAUCACCAUCGCCAUCACAAGCAUCACCACAGCGACCACGAGCAGGAGCGAAAGCACAAGCACAAGCACAAGCACCGCAGCCGCAGCCCCACAUCAGGCAAGAAGAAGGCCAACAAGAGAGACACCAAUAGCGGUGCUGCUGAUGGUGGCGACGGAGGUGAGGGCGAGCCGCAGGUUGUCCGCUUGACUGCAGCGGCCCUGGCAGCAAACCAGGACAUGGUGGACGACUACUGCCCCAUUGGCCGCAUGUACAAGACCAUGAUUGACCAGGAGGAUCAAGACGAAGAGACUGCUGACAAGGGCGAAGGCCACCAGCACAAGCACAAACAGCACACGCAGCAACAGAAACAGCAGCAACAACAGAACGGCACACACAGUGGCCAGCACGGCAACGGGGAGUAUCUUCGGGACGGUGACUCUGCGCACCACGAGCGGUUGAGCCAGGAGGAGCUGAUUGCCGCUGCGGUGGGCAUGACGAAGAGUAGUGGCAGCAGUCGCGGCCGCCACAGCCGCCUCCGCCACAACAGCCAGUCGCUUGACCCGGGCGAAACCAAUCUCGAGCUCACUGUCGGUGUCAACCAACAACCACAGCAGCAACAGCAGCAGCAGCAGCAUGGUGAUGGGAGCGCUCAUGUUGCACAUGACACCAGCAACCGCCGCCUGUCUGUUGACUCCACGGUGCAAGCUGCCUCGUCCCUUGUUGAGGGCGGCACGUAUCUCGUGGACGGCUUGCUUGCAUGCAAACUCGUGUUCAUUGGGCCACUGGACAAGGUUGCUGGUGCUUGUGGCGAUGGCAACGCCAACGAUGAUGGCAAUGGCGCUGACAAUGAUGAUGACGAUGGUGGCUUCCUGCAUCCACCAGGCAUCCUGUCGAGCCGCACAUGGUGUGGCGUCAUCUAUCACCACAAGCGCCAUGGCAGCUGUGACGGCACCAUCAACGGCUACCGGUACUUUGUGUGCGACCCCGGGUAUGGUGAUUUUGUCCACCCGAGCCGCCUCAAGACCGUAACACAGCCAAAAGAAGGGUUUAUGGAGCAGGCCAAUGCGUCCACCUCCGACUCUGCCGAGGAAAGCGACGGCGAGACACACAAUGACCGCGACGACAACGCCAAUGGUGGCGACACCGGUGCUGGUGCCGGUGGUGCUGUGCAACGCGACGUGUAUGCGGGCAAGUCUGCCAUUGCAGCUGCACACCGCACCGUGGCCAAGGUGAAGGGCGCAGCUCGUGGUAGUGCUGGCGCUUCAGGGAACAUGAAACACCCGCAGCAGCAGCAUCAAGAGAAGCAUGGGCAGGAUGAUGUGCAGCAGACCUCUGCCGAUGCUUCCAGCGAUGACACUGCUCCAAAGCGGUUUAGCAUCGAUGCAUAUGGGAAGGUUGUACGGCACCCGAGCGUGGUGCUCACAGAUGCCAACGGGUCGGUGCUGGCCGAUUUGCUCGCUGACCAGCCUCAGCAGCAGCAGCAGCGUGGCGAGAAGCGACUGGCGCCAACAACAGAGGAGGAAGACGGUGAUGUUUCAGGCCUCGACAUUGAUGGCUUUGGUGUAGCACUGCUGGACCACCAGCAGGAACAGCAGCGGGACAAGCAGGAGCAACAGCGUCGCCACAAGGCGCAAGCAGACACCACGCAUUCGCACCACCACCACCAUCACGUUGAUAGCGAUGAAGAGCAUGACGACUACCACGGUGCCAGUUAUGAGUACCACCACAGCCACCACAAGCAUGAGGAGGUGACAGCCCAUGAUGAUGCGCAGGCCAAGAACAGCAGGGGCAAAGAACACGGGGAUGCCAAGCACGAGAGCACACCCCACCAUCACCGUCACCAUCACGAUGAUCACGAUGACAACAGCGACAACGACGACAACGACGAAGAACACCGCCACCGUCAUCAGCAUCAUCAUCAUCAUCACCGCGAUUCACGCGAGGUGUGGGCGAGCCGCCUUGAGCAAGUGCCGGCUCGUCCAUCGAGCCACGUUGAUGCGGACGCGGCAGCCGCAGCUGCUGAUCUGGCACCAAGCGAUACGCGCUCACACGUUGAUUUGCUGCAAGAGAUUGACACGCUGCAGCACACGCUUGAGGCGACCCGGCGCGAGUCGAGUCGCAAGGACAAGGUCAUUGAUCGCUUGGAGGAGAAACUGAAUUCAGUGCGCCGGGCCAAGGGUCUGGUGAACAGCAGCGACGAGGAUGUGAGCGAUGGCGCUGCCAGCACGCCACAGAAGAAGGACAAGAAGAAGAAGAAGAAGAAAGGGCAGAAGCACAAGGCGGCAGGUGGGGCUGAGGAUGUGGGUGGUGACACGGGCAGCGAGCAUGACAGCGACGAUGGCAAGGGUGGCGAGGAGAACAGCGACCUGCCGUGGUCUGGCAUGAUGGAUCGCCUGCGGUGCGAUGUUGAUCGCCAACUCCACGUCGUCGACAUGCUCAGCGGCGCAACCGAGGAAACCGUUGAUUCUGAGGUAUUGAUGUCGGCGCUCAAGGCUGCACAGACAGAACUCCUCUGCUUGCGCGAACUCAACUCCGUCAAGACGGCGGAGAAGCUGCAUCGUGACCUGGACGCGGCGAAAGCGCGCAUCAAGGAGCUUGAGAGCGACCUGAAUGCGGCCCGUGGCGAGCUCUCUCCAACCAAGCACGGCAGAGCUGGCGAUGUGAACAACAUGAGCCACAUCAAUGGCGAUGGUGGUGUUGGUUUUGCAGCAGCUGCAGCCGACAGCGUGCCUCCGUCCCCAAUCGCCCCCGUCAAUAGCGCCGCCAGCCCGCUCAACUUGCACCGUGAGACGCCUGUGUCGCCUGUUGUUGCUGAGGUUGACAGGAUGGUUCGCAGCUCGCUCGAGCGGUCACGCCGCGUGGAAGAGUCAUUCCGCGCGCGUCUCCUUCGCCAGCAGCACCUGGACAGCGUGCUCUCACCGCUGGGCAACAAGGAGAACGCUGCACCCGGCACAUCCACCCCUCAUCGCGGUGCUGGCAGUGCUGGUGCAUCCGCUUUGCGCGGGCUGGGGCGGUCACCACCACCACCGCCGCCGCCACUGAGGUGGAACACACAAACAAUGGAGGAGAAGGACCGCGAGAUUGAACAGCUGCGCGACAAGCUGGCUGAGGCGCAGAGCACAAUCGAGGAACUCAAGGGCAAGAACUUGCAGACAAGUCUUCUGCUUGGGGCCGAGCGCAAGCAGGCCGAGGCCAGGGAGCUUCACAUCUCCUCCUUUGUGGCCGCGCCUUCCUUUCACGGCACCGACAGCUUUGCAACUGCAAAGGAUGCUUCGAUGCUCAACUCACUGCUGGCCAUGUCGGAUGACGAGCUGGAGCGCCUGCAGCACAGCAAGGUGACGACGCUCAAGUCGACGAUUCAGAAUGCGGCGCGGGUGCUGAGCUCGUUGGAUGCAGAGCACAUUGACGCAUCGCUGCUGAACGGUGACGGGUCAAGGACUGCCGCAGCAGCCACCUCGGCGGCGGCGGCGGCAGCGGCUGAUCACCGCGUGCCUGAACGCAAACCGGGCAAGUACGAGUACGUUCCCAUCGCCAAGUCAGGGCGCAGCGACUGGAAGCAAACCGCCAGCAAGGGUGAGGAUGACAAUGCUGCAGAUGAGGACGAGAGGCAAUCGCAGGGUCAGGCAUCAGAGCACACGACUGCCUCGUCUGACUCCAUGCGGCCUGUGGCGAUGAAACGCAUUCCGUCAAUGAACUUUGAGAAGCAGCGCCCACUGAUUGAGGCAGACGAGACAGACUCGACGCACGCGCGGGCGCACGGCGUACGCAAGGACGGCGAGGCGAGUGGCGAUGGUGAUGAUCACAGCGCCAAGCAGCACAUGCAGCACAAGCACGCGAAGCAUGAUGAUGAAGGGCGGGAACACGACGCUCGCGUGUCUGAUGGCGCGGGUGCACAUCGCCAGGAGACACACGAGCACGAUAAGCGUCAGCAAUCAUCACAGCAACAGCAGCAACAGCAACAGCAACAGCAACAACAACAGCAAGCAGAGGCAUCACAGCACCCAGCGACACAAGAUGGGAAACAGCCGCAGCGCCACGACAGCGAUGGGUCGAUUGGGCAGUCCACGACACCAAGUGAUGAGGCCAAAGAGCCGUCGCCAAAACAAUCCACGUCCACGGAGGGGCAAGCACAGGUGGUGAGCGCAUCAACCGACGCACACGAUGAUGUGGACGCUGCUGCCGCCGCCGCCAAGCCCGAGAACAAGAAGCGCGGGGAGAGGCGUGUGCGUCUGCAGGUGCAGGAGCGAAAGACCAACAGUCCCCAUCGCAAUUCAAAGCCAGCGCGUCGCAGUAGCCGACCGGACAAGAAGCCUGCUCGUCGCUCCAUGCUCUCUCGUCAGCCGCGAAGCAGCGAAGAGUCACGCAGGCGUUCUGAAGUGAGCUUGACCAGCUCGGCUCUGGCCCGUGUCCGUGGCGCGCGUCGUUCGUCGCUGCGCCGCUCCAGCUUCCAGUCUGCUCGCUCCCUGCAGAGUUCUCUGAUCGAGGGAGACUCCUCUGACACAUCUUCUGUCACGUCCAAUGAUGAUAUCGAAUCCUACGUCGGAGGAAAGCAGCAAGUGAGUCGUGCUCUGUCGGACGGUCUGUCCGCACGCGAGUCCUUCCUGGAGGACAACGACCCGCAUCAGUACUUUGAAUCUGGCGGCUCUGACGAUGAGGAGAUGGUGGAGACACUGCGCCGCCUGAACGAAGCGACAGACACGAACGGCGCCGGCACCACGGGCUUCCUGCUUCCUGUGCGCGAUCCGUUCAUCAACAGCGGGCCAGCAAGCCAUCGCAGCUCAAACAUGUACCACUACGAGUACGACGAUGACGGCCUGACAGAGUCUGCGUCCAUGCUGACCGUGCCAAUGAGUCGCACCAACUCUGCGUUUGACAUGGAGCAGGUGCGAUCGCGGAGUUCGCAGAGCGACGCCGACUCGAAGACGGGCGACUUUAGUCCGCGCAGCUCCCUGUUCCCCGCGCCGCCCGCACGUGCGCGCGCCACAUCUGUGGAGAGUGUGCUGGUGCUACAAGACGUGUCACACCUGCACCGCCUUAUUUGCAACUGCGGCAUUGCAAACCCGAACAAAUGCCCCAAGAUCAAGAAGCUGCGCAGUGACCCAAAUGCACAGGCGAAUCUGCACCCGCAGAUUUGCCGGUGCGACCAGGCGCCAGAGAACUGCCAGCUGCUGCAGGGCGUGUUGAGCAGCAACAAGAGCUCAAGGCGCGCAAGCAACGACAUUGCGGGCGCUGGUGCCGCUGGUGCCAGCAACAACACCACCUCCGCUGCAGGUGCACACAGCGAGGACAAUAACGGUUCGCUCGCGCCCAACACGCCCCGCAUUGUGCUGACAUCUGAGCGCAGUUCCCAAGAGAGCAUCUACCACUUUCGUCACGAGGAGGAGGUGGAUGGCGACGAUGCAACGGGCGUGCUCACUGCCACGCCGAGCACAGCUUCCAUGCACAGCCGCGGCGCUAGUGUUGACCAUACGGGUCACUCACAGGUCAUUCCCGGGCCCGAAGGGCGUGAGGACGAGAGCGACAACGAAUCGGCAUACACGAGCGCAUCGCAGGCGCGCGUCAACUACGAGCUUGGUCUCAUGUCUGCUAAGGAAGCAGAUCAACGCGUGAACGCUGCCGAUUCCUCACUGCAAGCUCGUUUGACCAAAGGCCGUGAGGGCGGCUGGUGGGCCCGCAAGCUGAAGAGCAAGGCUGCCGCGAAGAAAAAGAGCGAAAGCGAAGGCGGCGAUGAGCAAGCAGAAGGUGAAGGACAGGACGGCGCCAGUGCCGCUGCCACACGCCCUGGUGGCCUCUUCCGCAGCAAGAUCCGCGCCAUUGCGUUUGCUGCAUCCAAGGCCAAGGCAACAGCGGCAGCGAGGGCGAAGAAGCAAUCGAACACCAUCUCCCCUGUGGGGUCCAGGUCGUCAUCACCUGGACCCACGCGGUCCAUCUUGUCCCGCGUAAAGAAGUACGCCACCAUCCACGACUUUGCGUCAACGGAGGACGGCGAGUCGCGUGCGGGCGCUGAUGCCGCCAUCAUGAACGAUCUCGACAACGCCGCAGAGACACGGCGGGACACGGAGGUUGCAGACAGCGUGUUUGGGCUCUCGCGCCGUGGCUCGCGGCUGGCGAGCCUGCGUGCUGAGGCCAUGCAUGAUAAGGCGAGCACCAUCGCCGACUCUGAGACGGCGUCCACGACAAGCCAUACGACUGCGAACACGUCGGAAACAGUUGACGGCGCUGCGUCGGCCAAGGAAGAUGAGGUGGUGACGCCGCCGCCGCCUGGCGUUGUUGCCGCAUUCCUGAACAAGUGGAAGAAGACGCUCAUCGUUGUUGGCCUGAUGCUCUUGGCGACUGUGCUGGCGGUGGUUGGCGCUGUUGUUAUGUAUCCAGAGCAGACAUGGGCGGCUGUGGCCGGGGUGCAGGCAGCGUACACAGUGGCACACAACCGCAUGAACAGCGCGUACGAGGCGUUUCAUGAACUCGUCCCAGUCAUCCGACACCCACCCGUGUGGAUACCACGCACGACCUGAACGCCAGGAUCUGAAGCGGGAAUGAUUGCGUGAACCGGUGACCGGGGAUGCGGUGCAGUUGUUGAUGAUGAUGAAGGACAAGUGUACAGUCAGUCGCACAACAACAAGUCUGCCAACCAUGGCAUCAUUGUUGGCGGCUCGUAUUAAGUCUGUGUGUGUGUGUGUGUUGUUUGAAGAAAACUUUCUUACCAGCGUGUUUUGUGUAUCUUCUGUUAAUGAGAGGUGACAGUGAGGUAGGAAGGAGGAGAUGCAUUGUGCAAGCUGUUUCUUUUUGAUUUUAAUUUGCGUUGGUGGGUCUUUGUUUCUCACUUGAUUAACAGCUUCAUUUCAUUUUGGUUGCGGUGUGUUCAUUCCAAGAAUUACAACACAAACAAAACAAACAAGA